AUGGUUAAUGUCUUAAAAGGAGUUCUCGUUGAAUGUGACCCAGCUAUGAAGCAAUUUCUUCUAUAUCUGGACGAGACAUCUGCAUUGGGGAAGAAAUUUAUCAUCCAGGAUUUGGACGACACACACGUUUUCAUCCUAGCUGAAGUUGUGCAGAUUCUCCAGGAGCGAGUAGGUGAACUGAUGGACCAGAAUUCAUUCCCCAUCACCCAGAAAUAAAUGUCUGAAUCGGACAGCAGACCCUACAAUCUGUGGGAGCAGAUGGAUGUGGAGAUUCUUUCAGCACAAUUGCACAAACAGAUGUAACUGAAAUGUAUAGACGACUGGGUACCAAGAUGAUGCAUGUUAUCCUUGGUUUAGUUUGUUGCAUACAUUUUUCAUCUGAGAGAAUUAUAAAUUUCAAGUUAUUUAUGUUGCAUAUGUUUCAAAGACAGCUGCUUGAAUCUUUGCUGUGUUCUGACAGUAUGGUCAAUGAAAUGUGUUUUGCAUGGAAAAUGGCAGUAGCUGCAGAAAGAAACAAUACUUUUUUCCCCCCCCAACACUUCAGAAUUGUAAUCAAACUGAAAGCAGAUGGUUGAUGACAGUGUGGUUUAUAUACAUGCAUAAUAU